AUCAUAAAUGUAUAAAAGAGGCAGGACAGAGCUGAGAGGCCACAUUCGACAGCUCACUCUGAGGAAGUGACAACUGCAGACGCCCUUCAACCAGCGAAAAGAAAUCUAUCUUAGACUGUGCAGAUGGAGAACAUGAAGAGUGCGAGGAAAAACGACACAGGGGAAGUCGGCAGUGAUUUAUCAGAGCAGAUUAAAGCAGCCACUAAAGACAACCAUGUGAGAGCUGAAAAUACCCAACUGAUGCUGAGUUACCAGAAGGGACAGAUCACCCUGCCACAGUACAAGGUGCUGCUGUGCUCCCUGUAUGAGAUCUACAAGGCACUAGAAGAGGAGCUGGACAGAAAUUCUUCCCAUCCAGCUGUUGCACCGAUUUACUUCCCUCAGGAGCUUGCCCGUGUGGAAUCUCUUGAAAGAGAUCUGGAGCAUUUUUUCGGCUCAGACUGGAGGAAGAAGGUGAUUGUUCCUGCAGCCACACACAGAUAUGAACAGAGGCUACGACAGAUUGGUAGGGAGAACCCAGCGCUGCUGGUGGCCCACGCCUACACUCGGUAUCUCGGUGACCUAUCAGGAGGUCAGGUGUUGGGGAAAAUUACCCAGAAGUCUCUCGGGCUGAGCAACAAAGAGGGGCUUUCGUUUUUCUCCUUCCCCGGAGUGACCAGCCCGAACCGCUUCAAGCAGCUGUACAGGAGCCGGAUGAACAGCAUCGAGCUGACAGAGAAGGGGAGGGCGGAGAUGCUGGAGGAGGCGGUGUCAGCCUUCGAGUUCAACAUCCAGGUUUUUGAUGACUUGCAGAAAAUGCUGAGUGUCACAAUAGCAACAGGGGACCAAUCGAAUGGCAGCUUCCCCACUGCCACGCUCCCGUCUUCACACAUCAUGCAGUUCACCGUGGGACUGUGUGUCGCACUGGCCACAAUCGGAAUGGGAAUGUACGCCUUGUAAAUUUCACCAGCACAUGUAACUGAUACGCACACACAGCACUUUACUAAUCACUUCAUGCAACAAAGGAAAUCAAGAAUGAAAUUUGUGUCUGAGUUCUGUACAAUAAAACAGCUGAAAUGGUGAUUUUCACAACUUGUCGAUUGUAUGUCCUUUAUUAAAAACUAUCACACACUGUGAAAA